AUGGCUAUUGAGCAUAGGGCUCAUGAUAUUCACGCUCAAAGUACAAGCAAUGCAAAUCCACCGGUAACAACGGUAACAUCAACAUUUAACAGUGGAGUAGUAGUAGUGACAACAACAACAAAUACUCACAGUAUAGGCAACAGUAAUAUCUCAGCUGAUAGAUCGUCAUCACACGAUGAUAAUGAUGAUAACUCUGAAGGAGAUGAGGAAGAGGAAGAGGAAGAAGAAAGCGAUGGCGACGGCGAACAUGACGAUGAUUCUGAAAAGACACAACCCGUAGAAACAUCAAGAGAUAUGCUUCGAAACUCUCGUGAAACUAAAAAGGUGUUCAUUAGUGAAAAGCUCAACUCUACUACUACUACAGAUAAUAUUCAUAAGGAUGGAGGAAUCAAAUGUCCAACAUAUGAUGAACAAGAUCUUAAAAGUGGCGCAGACUAUGAAAAAUUGGAUUCAGUGAAAAAAUCCAAAACAUUAACAACUAACAAUCCUACAAAUUCUACAAAACAAUCAGCAACUGUGUUGUAUAAGGCGGAGAAUGAUGGCAGUCUGGAAAAUGCUAAAGAUGCAUCUAUGCGUAAUUUAGCCAAGCGGACACUUACUAUCGGAAUACCAGGAUUACGUAGUUCAAGUCAUAAAACGCUAUUCAUAUUUUCUGAAGAAAAUGCUAUCAGGAAAUAUUCGAAAAUUAUCAUUGAGUGGGGAUAUCCUUUUUUCUCAAAGAGUCAUAAUAUUAUUAUUAAUAAUUGA